ACGGAUUUACGGUGCCCAGUAGCGCCUGUUGGCCAACUAACUCGAGUUGGCCAGCUCCUUACAGCCGUCGGCAAGUGUGCAACGCAGUGAACAUAACAAAUAACAAAGAAAGUAAACACUGAAUUAACUAACUCGCAAGCCGGAUUCAAAAUCUACAUAAAAAACUAGUUCGGAUCAAUCACAGAUCACAGAUCGAUCACACAACAAUCACUUCUCUCGGAUUAUACAUCUAACUAAAUACAUAAAAAAUAUAUACGUCGGUUCAGUGCGCGAGUCCAUCGGUGCAUCGUAACUUUAAGAUUUGCUUUAUAGUUUUAGUUAAAAGCAAAAAUUAAUAUUAAAUGACAGUGCACAGUAAUGAAACCGGUAUCUGUUUAGUAAUGAAUGCCGUUUCAACUCACCUUGCCACCUCGUCGCCCAACACGCCACCAACCAACGCUCCGCAGAGUCCGCCCUCGACGCUGCCCACGCUCGCCUGUCCCGCCGCCCAGCCGCUGAGUGCACCGGGUAUCUCCGGGCCAGGACACAGUGGCAUGGUGACCUCGACGGUGCCGCCGGGCGCCCGCUCCACCUCGCCGUGCGGCCCCUCCGCCGGCCUGCCCGCCCUCUCGCUGGUGGGCGCCCCGCCCCCAGGAUCGCACCCCUCCGCACCCGGAGGAGCACCGGCGCCCGGAGCGGGCAACCCGCCCAACCGCUGCUGUGAUACGGGUCGCACCAUCUACACGGAUCCGGUGAGCGGCCAGACGAUCUGCUCCUGCCAGUACGACAUGCUCAACUACCAGCGACUAGCCGCCGCCGGAGGCGUUCCGCUCGGCGUCUAUCCGGAGGGCAUGUCCGCCUACCUCUCCGGGAUUGCAGCGGAUCAGCCGCCGUUCUACGCCAAUCCGGCUGGCAUCGAUCUGAAGGAGAACCUGGUGGCCGGAGCAUCGCCCUGGCCAUACCCCUCCAUGUAUCAUCCAUACGACGCGGCCUUCGCCGGCUAUCCGUUCAACAGCUAUGGCAUGGAUUUGAAUGGGGCCAGAAGGAAGAACGCCACCCGCGAAACCACCUCCACAUUGAAGGCCUGGUUGAAUGAGCACAAGAAGAACCCGUAUCCCACCAAGGGCGAGAAAAUAAUGCUGGCCAUUAUCACCAAGAUGACGCUGACGCAGGUGUCCACGUGGUUCGCCAACGCGAGAAGAAGACUGAAAAAGGAGAACAAGAUGACCUGGGAGCCCAGGAAUCGCGUCGACGACGAUGACGCCAAUAUCGACGAUGACGACGAUAAGAACACCGAGGAUAACGAUCUGCUAGACGCCAAGGACUCCGGCGUGGGUUCCACGGACGACAAGGACCGUUCCGGUCGCCUGGGCGACAUGAUGGCCGACCGUCCCGGCGAAAGCAACAACAGCGAGUGGUCCGAGUCGCGGCCAGGAUCGCCCAAUGGAUCGCCGGACCUGUACGACCGCCCUGGCAGCAUGCCGCCGGGCGCCCACCCCCUCUUCCAUCCCGCCGCCCUGCACCACCACUUCCGGCCACCGGCGGGAUCCCCGCCAGACAUCGCCGCCUACCAUCACCACCAGCAGCAGCUGCUGCAGCAGCACCAGCAGGCGCAGCAGAACUCGCUGCAGACCGCAGUGGGCGGCACCGCGAAACCGAGGAUCUGGUCGCUGGCCGACAUGGCCUCCAAGGACAGCAAGGACUCGAGCUCCGGGCCCAAGGAUAACCACCCAGAGCUACCGCCUGCGCAUCCCGGCUUCUAUGGCCACCCCGGUCAGCAGCCCUCGCCCGGCAAGAUUCUAUCGCCCCUGGCGGCCAGGAUUCCCAACUAUUCGCCCUACGUGCGUCCGGAUUUGUAUCGCGGAUUCUACGGACCAGCUGCAGCGCAUCUGAGCGCUCCCACGCAGGAGUUCCUCGAGCAUCAGCGCACUUUCGGUGCCAGCUUGGCGGCCCACAAUGGACCGCUCGGCAUGAAUCCGCUGCUGUGGAAGGCGGCCGUAUCCGGAGCCGCCAACGGGCCCCACUUUGCGCCGCUCAGUCUGACCACCACGGGCGGAUCGAGUGGGGCACAGCAGGUGGCACCGCCGCCGGUGGCCUCGCCCUCCGCCUCCAGUUCGUCCUCGUCGAUGGGCUGCGAUGUGGUGCACAUACCCACGAGCAGCGGCCAAUCGGCUGCGCAGCACAUGAUGGGACCAAUAUCCAGCAACUCCACCGCCUCGUCAUCCAGUUCGCACUCCGGCAAGAUAUCGCCCGGCGUGAAUGUGACCUCGCUGAGUGCAAAGCCAUGACAUCCAUCGGCGGCAUCUCCGGAUCCGGAACUGGGUGCGGCCCCAGUUGCCUCGCCCAUCUCCGCCUUCCGCUCGCUGAUCGCCUUCCGGGAGCAGCAGAAGCUCACGCUCCUGCGGCCGUAGUCACUCCCAGUUUC